AUGCUGAAGAAAUGGAAAGUGUGUGCCAAAAAUAUCAGACAUUGUCCACAUAAAUCAUUCAAUGGUUCAUGCAUCAUAAAACGCUUCAAAACAAAUAAUCAUGUGGGAAAUAAGUUUAAGACAGCCCCUGAUAAGAUUUCCAAAAUAGCAGUUGAACGAUAUUUAACCAGAAAAGUAAAAGAAAACCCGUUUCUUAGUGCACCAAAGCUAUCUAUUAUUGCUGAAAAAGAAUUAGAAAAAGAUGUUAGCCCAUCAACAAUAAGAAAUGUUCUGCAUAAUUCAGAUCUCAAUGAAGUAAAGCCAGAUAAAAGUCCUUCAAUAGCAAGCGAAAUCAGACUACGACUUAAAUGUGCAAAAUUAGGACUUAAAUUCGCAAGGAAAAUGCAAAAAAGAAUUUUUCUAGCUGGAAAAGUUUCUUAUUUACUGGAGAGAGCAAAUUCUACAUUUCUGUUUUUGUUGGCAAGCUUUAUGUCUGGGGAAAAUCGAAUUUUGGAAAUAACUAUGAAUUUGAAAGCAACUGUGAAGCAUGGUGAUGGGCCAGUAAUGGUGCGGGACUCGUGUUCAACUACUGGCCCAAGAAACCAGCAUUUUAAUGAAAGAAAAAUGGAUCAUAAUGUAUACCUCUAUAUUUUAAAGAAAAAUGUAGAACAAUGUGUGUUGAAAUUCUCUCUCAGUUACAACUGGUGA